AUGACUAUUAUUUUACCCUUCGAAUAUCUUACGACUCUCGCUCUCUUUGUUUCUUUGUUCCUUAAAGCCUACACAGAGAAGAUCAAGGAGAUGUCCAUGAUGUCUCUCAUCUGCUCCUGCCUAUACCCCCAGACAUCAUACCCCACCACCAACUACCAAUUUGGAGGUCAGCCCAAAGUGUGCUUUGUUUAAUAAUGUGAAUGUUGUAUUUUGGUUUUUCUUUUUUCUUAGUCUCAAAACACUUUACAUUGUAUGGCCGGUAAUUCAUCUUAUCUACCACCAAUGUGUAGCACCCACCCAUCUGGGGUAAUGCACAACAGCCAUUUUGUGUCUUAUUUGUCUUGUCUCUCUCAAUAGACCUGGAGGUGAAGCCCAUCAACAAGCGACUGUCGGGCCAGUCCUUUGAGGUGAUCCUGAAGUCCCCCACCGACCUGUCCCCAGACAGGCCCAGUCCCCUGGCCUCUCCCCCAGCCCUGACCUCGCCCCCCAAGAGGGACAUCUCCCUGGAUGAGCUGCAGAAGAGGCUGGAGGCCGCUGAGGAGAGGAGGAAGGUAAGAGAAGAAGAUGGAGGGAAAGGAGGGAGGGAGUAAGAAAAGGGAGGAUGGGGAGAGAGUAGUGGGAAAAAGCAGGUGAGAUAGAAGUUCAUGGAGGUUGCUGAGGACAGGCGGAAGGUAAGAGAUGGGAACAGAGGGGAAGGAGAGUGCAAGAGAAGGAAGUGAGAAGAGGGGGGGGGGGGGUGAGGAGGUCAGGUUCAUAGAGUUCAUGGAGGUUGCUGAGGAGAGUAGGAUGGUAAGAGUGGAUGACUGAUGCAAGUGUAUGAAGGAAGAGGACAAAAACAUGUGAAGUAUGUUAAUUGUUUGCUGAGAGGAAGGUAAGAGAAGAGGAAGGAAGGGAAGGAAGACAGAGGGAGGGAAAGGAGGGAGGAAAAGAGGGAGGAGGAGAGAGACAAAAAGCUGGUGAGGUAAAGGGAUAUUGACUUUGCUGAGGAGAGACGAAAGGAGAGACGGAAACAGGAGAUUAGGUGAAAUGAAGAAAAGAUAAUCACUCAAUGGAGAGAAGGAGGCGAAGAAGCAGUAAGGAAAGAUGAAUGAGAUGGGGUAACAAAUUCCAGUCUCUCUCUAGACAUCCAGACCCUCUACUGAAAUGCCAGAGCUGUCACACAUGAAUGAGCUUGGUUGUGUUCAUUAGGCACCAAAUGGAAGAAAGCGGACUUAUCUUUUUCCAUUGAAAACACUUUUCAAAAUGUUUUCUGUAGCAUGCCCUAAUGAACACAACCUUGAAAAGGAGACAGAUAUCCGACAUUUCAGACAUAAAUAACUAGCAACCCAUUGCUUCAUCAUCCUAGUUCAGUUAGGGGGAUUUCCUGGGUUUUCUGUGAGCCUUUUUCUACCUUGCAUUUCCACUUAAAUAGAAAAACUGAAGACUAAUUAUCGUUGUUGGGUGACAACUGCUUCAAUGCUUAGUGGCUGCGUAUCAGACAGACCCAGCCAGACCUGUCACUGGGUUCCCUGAGGGAAGGAAUAGUCAUGAAUGGGGAGGGCCUGUCAUCGCUGCUGGAAUAUACCAUAGGGAGGAGGGAAAUGUGUCUGUGGAAGUCUGGGGGUGAGACAAGCAGUGAAAACAGAAAUCCAAAUUUCAGUUGCAAAAUCUGGUUGAAUCCUUUGACAAUCAAUGAUCAGGCAACUCAUUAGCGUUUGGAUUCAAUUCCCUAAUAUUGGGGAAAUUAUUUAAUCAUCAGCCUUUCCAACAACAUAAUAGGAAGUGGAUAUUUAACCAGCGAACAAACACUUUGGCAUAGGGAUAGAAAUUGGUUAUGGUUAGGGUCAAGGUUAGGUUAAGGGACAAGAGUUAGGUUAAUUUAAGUGAGGUUAGGGUAAGGGUUAGGGUUACGGAAAGGCAUAAAAGUUAGCAUUGGGUUAGCGUACUACUGCCGUACACUGACAUUCAUUUUCAGUAAAUAUACACUGCUAACAAAAUAAGUUCCUCAUAGACUAUCUGUGCUUCAAAAGACUGCACUUUUUCUCUCUGCUCCCCAGUCCCAGGAGGCUCAGGUGCUGAGGCAUUUGGCUGAGCGCAGGGAGCACGAGAAGGAGGUGCUGCACAAGGCCAUGGAAGAGAACAACAACUUCAGCAAGAUGGCGGAAGAGAAGCUCAACUCUAAAAUGGAGGCGAAGAAAGCGAACCGGGAGGCAUACCUGAACUCACUGAAGCAGCGGCUCCGUGAGAAGGUGAGGACCUGUUUUGUUUUCUCUCCUCUCUAUCUCUAAGUCUGACACCCCACCUUUUCUUCCGCAGAGAAAUAAAUAUCUAUGCUCAGAACAGAACUAGCUAAGUACUCUGACAUAUUUCUAGGCAGUAGACAACAUAACCGGUCACAUGCAUCUUGACAGAUUUCUCUUUGUGGUGUUUAUGGUUUUUCCUAGGAGAUGCAUGCAGCAGAAGUGCGCAGGAACAAGGAGCUGCAAGCAGACCUUUCUGGUUAAGAAGGCUUUACUGAAAGGAAUUCCCAUUUCCCAGCUUUUGCUCUACAUACUGCAAUCUCAUCUGUCAUUCAAUAGGGGAACAAGUUUACCUGCAAGAUAUCACAACUGUCAUAGUUCUUCAUCUCUCUACACAUCCCUACAGUAUAACGUUUUUCUUUCUCUCACUAAAACAUCAACACCACCAGCAUUUCAAACAGUAGAUUUUCACAUUUCUAAAUGGUUGGAAUAAAUUCUAAUGGCUGGAAUUUCAAAUGUGCUGAGCACGCCCACACACACAUGCACAGACACAAACAUACAUACAAUUCACACACUGACGCACGCAUAUAAACACAAACACUGACAUGCAUCGCUUUUUACAUAAAUGGCAUGGAUUGUUGAAGGGGAGUCUGUCUUGAUCUAACUGUGUAAUGGACUAAUAAAAUGCAAGUGUACUGGAUGUUGUCAAUAUUAUUUUGGGUGUAAGACAAAAUACAUCUUCUGUCCACAUGAUCAGCAUAGUAGAAUAACUCAAAUGCAGCUGAAAGUCUACUAUAGUCAAUUUUUUGUUUAAACAAAUAGCUAGGUUUCCAUUCAAUUGGCGACAGAUUUUCAUGGGAAUAUUCAAAAAUCUGCAUAAA